AUGAUCCCUUCAUUAGAGGACUACGAUAUUAGUCCACUGUGGGGCUUCUUGCCCUCGCAACUUCCACUCACAAGAUUACCUCAAGACUACUAUGCACAAUGGGAGACUAUUGCUGAUAACCUCCCUUCGUUGAUCUUGACCAAACGAAUACGAAAUGUUAUUGAUAAAUUACCUUUAUUGACAAUUGACAACCUCAACAAUGAUGAAAGGGAAUAUAGAAGAGCAUACCAAGUACUAGGCUUUCUUGGACACGCCUACGUUUGGGGAACUGAUAUGCCUAUAGAUAAACUCCCGCUGCAAAUUGCUGAACCUUGGAUAGCCGUUGCCGACAAGUUGGGCUUACCACCUGUGGGGACAUAUGCCUCACUUUGCUUGUGGAACUAUAAACAGAUUAUUCCUAGUGAUGAUAUCCUUGAUCUCGAUAAUCUUACAUGCAUCAAUACUUUUACGGGAGCGAUUGAUGAGCACUGGUUUUAUUUGGUCAGUGUUUAUUUUGAACAGAAAGGUGCGUUGGCAAUAGCUACAGGUAUGGAGGCUCUCAAAUGUGCUAAAGAAGGCGACAUUCCCAUGUUAACAAAGAACUUGCAACAAAUGGCCGAAGCUAUAGAUUUACUUGGAACGGCUCUUAUGAGAAUGGAAGAGAUGUGUGAUCCGCAUAUUUUCUACUUUAGAAUCAGGCCGUACUUGGCAGGAUGGAAGAACAUGGCUAGUGUCGGACUAGAUAAUGGUGUGUUUUAUGGUAAUGAAAAAGCACCAAGAGGCUAUGCUGGAGGCUCAAAUGCACAAUCUUCUCUUAUACAGUUUUUUGACAUCAUCUUGGGUGUGAAACAUUUUGCUACUGGGGAUUUGAAAGCCGAUAGUUCGUUCAUGGAUGAGAUGCGUCAGUACAUGCCUCGGAAACAUCGCGAGUUCCUUACCGCAUUGGAACCACAUUCAACUACUAUAAAGCAGAUUGUGCAAGCUGAAGAAGACAAGGAACUUACAUUGGCUUUUGAUGCAUGUUUGGCAAUGUUGAAAGCAUUUAGAGAUAAACACAUACAGAUUGUUACCAGGUAUGUUGUUCUCCAGGCCAAAAAGAUUAACAAAAUGGGUUCGAACUCUACACUCAGAUCCGGGUUGGCUCGUAAGAAGCAGAACGGUGAAGAAAAAGGUACCGGUGGUACUUCCUUGUUACCAUUCUUGAAGCAAUGUAGAGAUGAAACAGGAAAUGCUGCCGCUGGUAGUUGGGGUAAACGGAUCCUCACAGAUGGAAUGUUGAGACUCAAGUACUCGAAACCCAAUGGAAUCAAUGAAGAUGAUUAA